AUGGCGCCCGAGGAACUGCCGUCCUCCUGGCCAGAGUCUCCAUUCCAUGGACAGAUGAACAGCCUGAUGGACCAACAAUGGGUGUCUCCGAGCGUCACCUUUGCCGGCGUCAGCCACUCCUAUGCCACCAGUACCCACGCAAACCCAGCACUGUUGACGCCCAUCAGUGCCCCCAAUAGCGCAUAUCUUGGCCACCGGCAACCCCCUUCGCACCAUUCGCACUCCCACUCGCACGAUCUCCACUACCACAACAUAAGCUCAUCUGGCGUGCCCCAUGGCCUGGGCAUCAGCACCCUGGGCUACAUGCAACCGGGAAUGGUCCUGUACGAUCAACCGCACGGCACUAUCUCGGAACACAGCCCCUAUGAACACCACGCGCCGCCGCUCCGCGCGCACGCCGACCGAUCGUCCUGCGACCGUGCCUCGCGCGCCGGCACCUCCCAGCCCAUCUCCGCGCGGUCCACGCCCGUGGCCAUCGCGCCCAACCCCCUCGGCGUCAAGCAGCUGGAGCACGAGCGCCGGGGCCAGGAGCUCGAGGCGCAGCGCCCGUCGCGGCGCACGCGGCGACCCCGCCGGCGAUCCUCCAUCCUGGACGAGGAGACCAGCCUCACGCUCCAGCUGCGCGAGCAAAACAUCCCGUGGAACGAGGUCGUGAAGCGCGUCAAUGCCGCUUUUGGGGGGAACCACAAUGCGUCUCGUCUUCAGAUGCGGAUAACACGCCUCAAACAACGCAUGAGAGAGUGGUCUGAGGACGAUAUUCAAGCGCUUCUGAGUGCUCAUUCGUACUGGGAGACUGAUAAAUUCGAGAUUAUAGCACACAAGGUUAGCCCCACUAUGCAGGAGUAUAAAACCACCAGAGGCUGGACGGCAUCAGAGUGUCAGCAAAAAUGGCAGGAACUACAUUCGGAAGCUCGCGAGAGCUUGAAACGCAGUCUCAGCCCCGAAGAGGAGAACGAGCCUUUGGAGCACGACAACAAGAGGCCGCGAUAA